AUGGGAAACACUGAGAUCGAGAACAACUGCACGCUGUACAUCUGUACAGACAACUGCGAAACGGCGUCCAUCAGCGAAAUCCAGAAGAAGUUAGAAAGCCAAAAUGUGGAGAAAAAGAUAGAAGGCAUGGAACACCUCAUAUUUAACAUCAUACAAGGGGAGCCAUAUGGAAAUAUGCUCAUGUGUGUCAUCAGGUUCAUAGUACCCCAUAAGGACCAUCGAUUAAAAAAGUUGAGUCACAUUUUCUUUGAGGUGGUAGACAAAUGUAACAGUGAUGGGAGCUUAAAGGAAGAAAUGCUUCUCGUGUGUAAUGCCUUGAGGAAUGACAUCAUUUCACCAAAUGAGUACGUCAGGGGGUCCACUCUUAGAUUACUGAGCAAAAUUAAGAACCUUAAAAUCAUCGAUCCUUUGAUAGAAGCCAUUACCAAGAAUCUAAGCCAUCGACACAGCUAUGUUAGGAAGAAUGCUAUCAGUUGUAUCCACACCAUUAUAAAGGAGCAUGGAAGUGAUGUGAUCCCUAACUCGGUUAAAGAAGUGGAAAAAAUAUUAUUUUUAGAAAAUGACAUAUCGACCAAACGUAGUGCACUCUCCAUGCUGAUUGAUGUCGACCCGAUGACUACACUGAAGUAUAUUCUCUCCCUAAACGAUCAGCUCUACGAUACUGCCGAUGUUAUUCUGCUUGAGGUGAUUCACCUAUUUAAGAAGCUGUAUAUUCCCCACGUGUUUGACGAUUCGUAUUUGUUGAUAAAUGACGAGGAUGAAGAGAACGAGGAGGACAGGCGGGUCCGCAGUGGGGUUGCCUCCAUAAGCGGAUCUCCCCCCCAGGGGGGACAAGAAGCAGAAGAAUCAAACGAAGCAGAAGAAGAGAAACAAGAUGGGUACCUAUCCAAUGGAGAUAUCGACCUCUUCGCCUAUUUACUCUCCGGAGAGGAGAACCCCCUUCAGCAGGGAGAACUACCCAUGGGGAAGAGAAGCAAGCAUGUCACUGCAGUGGAGCAAAAAAUUGGAAGUCACUUACUUAGUGUGAGUACCCCCCUCGGAGCGACCAAUCAGCUGAGUGAAACAAACGGAGGAAUGCUAAACGUGCUGAGUGAAGAAAUACAAUUUAGGAAGAACAAGCUAAACGAAAGCGAUUAUAAUCAAUACAAGAACAAUGUCAUUAAGAUUCUCCUUAACAUGAUGAGCAAGAACGUCAGCAAUAGUGUGUUGUAUGAGGGUGCCUGCUGUUUGCUUUAUAUGAGCACCUCCGAGAUCAGCAUAAAAACAGCAAGCGAGUGCUUUAUAAAGCUUCUAAUUAACCAGCACGACAACAACAUCAAACUGAUUGUAAUCGAUAGGCUAUAUUAUAUCAUGUGUAAGUGGAAGAAGGUGCUGGAAAACUACGUCAUGGAUUUACUGAGGGCAUUGAACUUCCCCUCCAGAGAUAUAAGAGUCAAAAUUUUAAACCUAGUUCUACACAUAUUGAGCAGUCGAAAUGUGCACUUAGUGUUGGGUGUGCUGAAGAAGGAGCUUCUUAAGCUGAACAACACGGUAAUGUAUAGCAAGAAUGUUUUCCCCAGUGCAGGUGGAAACAGCAACGCGGUGGUAGGUUCCUCCAGUGCAGGCGCGAAUGGCGGACCCGCAUCCCCAAAUGGGGUUCCCAACACGGCUAUGAGAAGCGCAACAGAGACAAACACGGUCGGUAAUAACCUCUCCACGAACUACCAAGAGGUCAUUGGUUAUAAGAAAAUACUGCUCAAAUCGAUGCAACACAUAUGCAAUAUGUUCUCCAACGAGUGCCUCAGCAUGGUGGACUUGCUUCUAACCUACGUGAAUGAUGAAGAGAAGGAGAUAAAUUACGAAGCGGCGGUAUGUAUUAGGAAGCUAGCGAAUAAUCCCUCCCUGCAGAGUAUCAUCUUGCAAAAAAUCGUCGACGCUAUAUUUGACGUGAAGAAGCCACACAUCCUGAGGAUCUUCUUUUGGGUCCUAGGACAGUACAUGCAUGGAGAAGAAGUCAUUUUGAAAUUUCUCGAUAAGUUGUAUGAGCAUCUGCUCCCCCUUCUUGGCAGUAACAUCCAGUCAGAUAUUAUUACCAGCUUACAGAGUGAGAAAUUUAAGAAGAACAAAAUGGUGGUAAAUUUUAACGCGAGUUCUUCAUCUGCGUCUCCUGCUAUUCAAGCGAAGACGGUGGUGUUGGAAGACGGGACGUACGCCACAGAGGCAGUGUGGAAAAAUCAGAGUGCAUCCCCUGGGGAUGACACCCCAGGAGAGCUAAACUCCUUCGCUUACAAUUUACUUUCUAAUAAUGACGAUCUGUUGCUGUCCGUUCUAUGCGUGUGUGUUACUAAGUUGUAUUUAAAAUUGGUGGCCACAGUAGGUGGAGAGGCCUUCCGCUUUUUGGGCCCCCCGUUUGGCAGCCCUCGCGUGGGAAGCGGCUCAGAAAAGGGAAGGGUAGAAGCAGACGGAGACGCCGCCAAAAACGGUGACGCAAGCGCAGAGGCUGACGGAAACGCUAACCACGCCGCUAACACGUUCAGGAACAAAGGCAUCUACAUCCUCGCCAGUAUGGUGAAGUACCUGGCGCAGAAAAACGCAAACAAGAGCUCCCUUGAUGUGCACUACAACGACAGCAACGUCGUUAGGGUUAGCCAGUGCCUCAAAAUAUUUCUCAAUAUCACGUGCAAUAUGAGGACAAUGGAGGAAUCGACGAAGAAUCUCAUCGUGACGUUCCUCAGUGGGAAUGAGUAUUAUCAGAAGUUCCUUCACAAGGAGGAGGAAAAGUACAGCAGCAUUUACAGCACCAGUUACCGCCAGGGAGGAGCCCAAACAGGAGUAAUCGACACAGGAGUUUCUUCCCCCCUCGGGCUGGACGCCAAGGGAGGAAACAACCUCGCCGAACAAUCCAUGGACAAGUCCAAAGGAGGAGUGACCACCGUGCCUCCAACCCAACCGAAUGAAAACAAGCAGAACGUGGAUGACGAAAUAUACUUCCGCAUUUUGAAGGAGAAAAAAAAUGUCCUGAAUAUUCUGGACGAAAGGGCUUUGCUAAUAGACGACAAAUCUGCUAUGAUGGACGAAAGAUCUGCUCUGAUGGAUGAGAAAUUGGAGAAACUCAAAUUGAAGUACACCCUGAGUAACGACAUCCUUUUUGAGGAAAACGAAUUCAGAUUCCCAUCGUUUAAGCACAGCUAUUCCUCCCUUUUCAUGGCCAAGCUGUACAGCUCGCAAAAGCUAACAGGGACCGAUGACGAUCUCUUUAUUGAGGCCGUCCCGAUCGUAUCCAAUAUUAACCUUAUCGUAGAGUUGUAUGUCUAUAACCAAUCGGGUGCCUACUUGCAGAAUAUUUUCAUCGGCUUGUCGACUCAUGGGAAUUUGAAGCCCAUCGAUAAGAUCCCCGAGUUUAACUUAGGUCCAAAUGAAAAGAGGAAGUUUAAGAUCACCGUGAAGGUACACACGACGGAGACGGGCAUCAUCUUCGGUUAUGUGUUUUAUGAGCGCAAGAAUGAAAAUAGGAAGAAUUACAUCGUCCUUAGCGAGCUCAACAUAAAUAUGACGGAUUACAUCAACGUGUCGUUCAUUUCGUCCCACCUCUUCCGCAUCAUGUGGUCUGAAUUCGAGUGGGAGAACAAGAUCAACAUUAACACGCCCAUCAGAGACGCCUUCGAACUGCUCAAGCUCAUCAUUAAGCACACUAACAUGACCAUCGUGGAGAAGUUCAUGCCGCUGGAGUACUACGAGAAGGAAGCCAAGAACAUUCCAGAGCAAACCAACGUCUCCCCCAUCGAUAUUUAUAUAUCAUACAUUUCGAGCCUGGAGGAUCUGAAGUGCCUCGUGAACAAUUCAGCUUUCUUUGCGGUCAACUUAUUUUCGCGUAGCAUCUUCGGCGAGGACUCCCUGGCGAACCUCUCCGUGCAGAAGAACCCCGAUGGCCGCCUCUCGGGGAGCAUCCGCGUGCGCAGCCGCACUCAGGGAAUCGCCCUCAGCCUGGGAGACAAAAUCACGCUGGUUCAAACGGGCCUCAGUAUGGAGACGCAGUGA